UGCAGAUUCAUCCUGUAGAGAUCUCCCCACAGCCUCAGAGGGAGAAAAGGAGGAAUAUUUUAAAAAGAGAGAAAUACAGAAUGGGAAACACAUAUGUUUUAAGGGGAGAGAGAGGAAGGAUGAUUUAUUGUGGAGCAAGCCAUUGACAAGCUGACUGAACAUUGCUGGAGAAAAUCAACUCUGAAAAGAUUGUAGGAUAGGAAAAGAGGGACAGAAGGAAAGAGGACGGAUCGAGAGAUGCAUGCAGUCAACCGUACUCAUUCGAUGGUCUCCUUAGUGUGUACAGAGCCAUACCCAGUACACCUGUCGCCACAAUGUGACAGCGACCGUCUGACCACGGAGACAUCACCUAGACAGUCCACAACACUUUAGAUUCCUAUGGCACUGUAACCUGGCAACAGCAGAUACCUACAGUGCUGUAACUUGGCAACAACACUGAGUCACCUCAAUCGAAUUGCCACCUCUGAAUCAACUCCUCUCUGCUGUGAGGAUGCUGAGGGUGUCAAUGGUCCUACUGCAGAGGCAGCUGGUCCUGUGUGUGUGGGUGUGUGUGUCCAGUGCACUAGUGGUCCAUUCCCUGCCAUGGAGCGUCUCCUGCCCGGCAGGGUGUGUGUGUCAGAUCAAGCCCUGGUUUUCCCCCCAGUCAUUGUCCUGCGAGGUUCCAACUGUGGACUGUAACAACCUGUUCCUGACCCAGCUCCCCUCCCCUCUCCCCCUAGACACACACACCCUCUGUCUGCAGAGUAACCUGCUGUCUGCCUUGGAGACACCACUGAUACAGACACUCCCCAACCUCACAGAGCUGGAUCUGUCUCAGAACCGCUUCAGCAGUGUUAGGACACUAACCUCAACCCAGCCCCAGACUCCCUCCCUGCGCUCCCUACUCUCCUUGCACAUGGAGGAGAAUCAGCUCCGGUCCCUGCCCCCUGCCGCCUUCUCUUCCCUGCCUGCCCUACAGGAGCUCUUCCUCAGCCACAACCAGCUGGCCUCCCUGGCUCCUAGAGCCUUCUCUGGCUUGGGCUCUCUGCUGCGCCUGCACCUCAACAACAACCAGCUGACCUCAAUUGACCCCUUCUGGUUCACCACCCUGCCCUGCCUCCAGGUGCUGAUGCUGGGGGGAAACCCAGUGGAGGUCCUCCCUGAACGGGGCUUCCAGGCGCUGGCAUCUCUACGCAGCCUGGUGCUGGGGGGCAUGGGGCUGAAAGGGUUGCCUGAGAGGGCCCUGGAGGGGCUGGACAGCCUGGAGAGCCUGUCCUUCUACGACAACCUCCUCACCACUGUCCCCACACAGGCUCUGAGGAGGCUCCCAGGCCUGAAGUUCCUGGACUUGAAUAAGAACCGUCUGAGUCUGGUUCAGACAGGGGACUUCAGGGACCUGGUCCACCUGACAGAGCUGGGUCUGAACAACAUGGAGGAGCUGGUGGCCAUCGAGAGGGCAGCCAUGGAGAACCUGCCUGAGCUCACCAAGCUGGAGAUCACCAACAACCCCCGGCUGUCCUACAUCCACCCCCAGGCCUUCUUCCAGCUGGGCAGGCUCGAGAGCCUGAUGCUGAACUCCAACGCUCUGACUGCUCUGCACCAACACACUGUCCUGUCUCUGCCCAGACUGAGGGAGGUCAGCCUGCACUCCAACCCCCUCCGCUGUGACUGCCUGUUUCGCUGGGUGGCUGAGGAGCACCCUCACACAGAUGCUGACGCACACACAGAUACACAGAUGCCACAGGCUGUGAGGUUUAUCCAGCCCCAGGCCACAUUGUGUUCUGAGCCUCCAGAGCUGAGGGCUCGCAGGGUGAGGGAGGUGUCAAUCACAGAGAUGUCAGCCUCCUGCCUCCCCCUCAUCCCCCCUGGCAUCCUCCCCCCCUACGUGUGGGUGAGAGAGGGGGAGAGGCUGGCCCUGCACUGUCGCGCCCUGGCAGAGCCUCAGCCCACAAUCUACUGGGUCACUCCUUCUGGACAGAGACUGGGAUCAUCCAACAACACCCACAGCCACAAGCCUGCAUCCAGACACUACUCCAAGCCUGCAUCCAGACCCUACUCCAAGCCUGGAUCCAGACCCUACUCCAAGCCUAUCUCCAGCCUCAACUCCAAGCCUAGAUCCAGACCCUACUCCAAGCCUGGAUCCAGACCCUACUCCAAGCCUGGAUCCAGCCUCAACUCCAAGCCUGGAUCCAGACCCUACUCCAAGCCUGGAUCCAGACCCUACUCCAAGCCUGGAUCCAGACCCUACUCCAAGCCUAUCUCCAGCCUCAACUCCAAGCCUGCAUCCAGCCAGACAUCAAACUACUCCUCUUACCAUUCACACUUACCCAGCCCAGCAUCUGGUAAUGCCUCUGUCCUCUUUUCCAGCCUCACCCCUUCCUCUCCCCCCCUCCUUUCCUCCCCUGCCUACCGGCUCCUGCCAGAGGGAACAUUGGAGAUUGUCAUGGUGACAUCCCGGGAUUCGGGUCUGUACACCUGUGUGGCUGAGAACACACUGGGGGCCGACACUCACAGUGUGACUGUAGGGGUGCAGGGGCCUGGGAAGGGGUUGAGGCAAAAGAUGUUGGAGGGUAGAGGAUAGGGGUUAAAGAAGAGGGUUUUGAGGGAAGGGAGGUCACCUGAGGGCAAGGGUCAAGACAGCAAGCAUGAGGAGCAGCACACAUAUGAGUAAAGCCUAGCUAUAUAAAUAAUGAAUGAUAUUAUACACAUAACAACAUACACACAUACUUGCAAUACAUCGUUUCCAAAGAUAACAUCGCUUCCAGGGAUGAUUUAUAGGAUAGAUAUGGCUACCACUCUUGGCGGGGGUGCGGUUGUAGGUGGUUGUGAAGCCCAAUCCAGGAGGCACAUGUCCUGCCGCAGUUGGGACAUGUUAGGCCUGAAUCUGGAGAUGCUUGUGGGAGUGGUUGGGAGCAUUGGGGCCUGUAAAUAGGACAUAUGACACAGUGGCAGUACAUACGACAGUGUUGUACAGUCAGAUAUGUAUAUAUUUUAUAUAUACAGUACAUUUGGAAAGUAUUAAGACCCCUUGACUUUUUAAACAUUUUGUUAUGUUACUGCCUUGUUCUAAAAUUGAUGAAAAAGUUUUUUUCUCUAAUCA